CAAUCUCGACAUGCGUACGGACGUCCGAGGAAUCCUCGCAUCCCUAAACACAAGCAGUCUGGCACCGACAUCUGCAGCGGCUCGCUAGCCAGGACACCGUUUUUCACUACAGGACGUUUUUGGGCACGCGGACUUCUUUGCUGCGCACUUGAAGCUGAAGCUGAUUCGCGUGAGGGUUUAAAGGAAGGAGCAGGGACUCUUAAGCCAGGUGAGGCUGAUGAUGGAGGAGGUGUCAGGUCCCCAGUUCUGCACUGCAAAGCCCCCCCACAGUCUUCUGGAAUGGAAGAAGAGGGUCAAGUCUGAGUACAUGAGGUUAAGACAGCUGAAACGCUUCCGCAAAGCUGAGGAGGUCAAGGCUCUUUUCCAGUCGAAUCGCCGCAAGAUUGAAGGAAGAACUGAGCUGCUGAAUGAGGAAUGGUCCAAGCUCCGAAUCCAGUCCAUUCCCCUUUCCACAACCAGUGGCUCUCUGCCCAGCAAAAAGUUGUGCAUGGUAGAGUCUGGCUUUCCGUCUUUUCCGUACCAGGCAGUUGCCAUGCGUCCCUUGACAACUGUUGCUGGGAUACCAUUCAUGUACUCCUGGUCCCCUUUGCAGCAGAACUUCAUGGUGGAAGAUGAGACAUUUCUGCAUAAUAUCCCCUACAUGGGAGAUGAGGUAUUGGAACAGGAUGAAGCGUUCCUGGAAGAGCUUAUUGACAAUUAUGACGGGGUGCAUGGAGACAGAGAAGGAGGCUUCAUAAAUGAUGAGAUCUUUAAAGAGCUGGUGGAGGCACUGAGCCAAUACUCAGACCCAGAGGAGGAGGAAGAGCCCUCGGAGAGAACAGAGAAUAAGGAGGAGGAGGAGAAAGCGGUGCAGAAAACUAUGGGUGAAGGACCAGAAGAGUCAAAAGUGGGCUUCUUCAAAUGGAAGAGGAGCACUGCUGAAGGAAGAGAGCUCUCCGCCAAUAAGAAGAUUCCUCAUGACAAGAUUUUCACAGCUAUUGCCUCUAUGUUUCCAUACAAAGGCACCAUGGAGGAGCUGAAGGACAAGUAUAAGGAUCUCCUGGAGCCACCCAGCCCUGUGAAGUUGCCUCCUCUCUGCACGCCCAACAUGGACGGCCCCUUAGCCAAAUCUGUUCAGAGAGAGCAAAGUCUGCACUCUUUUCACACACUUUUCUGUCGCCGCUGCUUUAAAUACGACUGCUUCUUGCACCCUUUCCAUGCAUCUCCUAAUGUGUAUAAGAGGAAGAAUAAAGAGAUCCGAAUGGAGACAGAGCCCUGCGGACUGGACUGCUUUCUGCUGCAGAAAGGGGCAAAAGAGUUUGCUGAUCAAAACAUGCAGAGGUCUCAAAGGCCCCGGCGUGGACGGCGACAGCCCCGCCCCUCGAGUUCCUGUGGCCCCACCCCCUCAGGCUUCUGUGAGGAGGGAAAAGAAGGAGACAGCGACCAUGAGACCACCAGCUCCUCAGAGGGUAACUCUCAGUGUCCCAGUCCCGCCAAACUGAAACCAGGGGAGGAAGGAACGGAGGAGUCCGAGUCGCCUCCUCAGUGGAGCGGAGCAGAGGAGUCUCUGUUCAGAGUCCUGCACGGCACAUAUUACAACAACUUCUGCUCUAUUGCACGACUCAUUGGUACCAAGACAUGUAGAGAGGUUUACGAGUUUGCAGUGAAAGAGGUGCUGAUUCACCGUGUCCCGCUGGAGGAUGGUGGGAUCUCACCUCAGAAGAAAAAAAGAAAGCACAGAUUAUGGGCAAAGAUACAGCUGAAGAAAGACAACUCGUCCAAUCAAGUGUACAAUUAUCAGCCAUGUGACCACCCUGAGCACCCAUGUGAUAGCUCCUGCUCGUGUGUGAUGACACAAAACUUUUGUGAGAAAUUCUGCCAGUGUGAUCGGGAGUGUCAGAACCGGUUUCCUGGCUGUCGCUGUAAGACUCAGUGCAACACCAAGCAAUGUCCGUGUUACCUGGCGGUGCGGGAGUGUGACCCUGACCUCUGCAUGACCUGUGGGGCCGCAGACCACUGGGACAGCAAACAGGUCUCCUGUAAGAACUGCAGCAUUCAGAGAGGACUCAAGAAGCACCUGCUCCUGGCGCCAUCUGAUGUUGCAGGGUGGGGUACAUUUAUCAAAGAGCCAGUCCAGAAGAAUGAGUUAAUCUCUGAGUACUGUGGAGAGCUUAUUUCCCAGGAUGAAGCAGACAGGAGGGGUAGAAUUUAUGACAAGUACAUGUCCAGUUUUCUGUUCAACUUGAACAAUGACUUUGUAGUGGAUGCUACUCGAAAAGGGAAUAAAAUACGAUUCGCCAACCACUCCGUCAACCCCAAUUGUUACGCAAAAGUCGUCAUGGUUAAUGGUGAUCACCGCAUUGGAAUCUUUGCUAAGCGAGCUAUACAGCGAGGAGAAGAGCUCUUUUUUGACUACAGAUACAGUCAAGCGGAUGCAUUGAAGUAUGUGGGUAUUGAGAGGGAAAUCGACAUUGAGUAGACACACUUUUCUUGAGUGUGUCCUCAUUUACCUGGUAACAUUUUUGCCUACCCACAAUGCUUUGCACUUCACUGACAUCACAGAUUGAUUUGAUGAUGCAGUCAGAUGGUGAUGUCACUACCUUAACCUGUGGUUUAAUUGACUUGUCUGAACAAGCGUUUUUGUUUACUUCUUUGAGAUAAUGUUUGUGAUGACCUAAAGAAACCAAAAGGUGUCCUCAGAUUUACAAAUCCACUCCUCCACAUUUGCACUAUAUGGCCAAUAACACAGGAUAUUGAUAGACGGCACCAUUUUCUCUGUCAUGGAAGGAAAAAUGAAAGUUCAGACAACUGUCAUGAAGUUUUUUUUUAUUUUUUUAUCCUAUCUCUCCAUUCAUUAGGCUCUGUAAACAGCUUUUGAAAUAGCUAUAACCUCUAUAUCAGGGAUCCUCAAAUCUGGCCCACGGGAUCCACUUUCCUGCAGAGUUUAGCUCUAACCCUAA